AUGGCCCUUGUGGAAGAUAUUCAGGUGACAAGUAUAUUGGACAAUGAGGCAUCACUCGGGCCUGAGGACUGGGCCGAUUCUGCCGGGAGCAACUCCAUAUACACUGCCAUUCUGAGCCGCAAUGAGACCGUCAAAGAUGCCAAACGUCUGAAGACAUUUCUGGAGCUGCGAGACAAAUAUGUGCACAAGAAGGUGCUGUUUGAAGACCCCCUGUUCCCUGCAGACGACACCACGCUCUUCUACAGUCGCAAGUGCCCAAUGAAGUUUGAAUGGAAGCGUCCGUCGGAAAUUUGUGAAAAUCCCCAGUUCAUCAUAGAUGGAGCCAAUAGGACCGACAUCUGUCAAGGAGAAUUAGGUGACUGCUGGCUGCUGGCUGCCAUCGCCUGCCUGACACUGAAUGAGAAGCUGCUCUACAGAGUUAUUCCCCCGGACCAGAGCUUCACUGAGAACUACGCCGGCAUCUUCCAUUUCCAGUUCUGGCGCUACGGCGAGUGGAUUGAUGUGGUUGUGGACGACCGCAUCCCCACCUGCAACAACCAGCUCGUGUUCACCAAAUCUUACAGGAACAACGAGUUCUGGAGCGCCCUACUGGAGAAAGCCUACGCCAAGUUGCACGGGUCGUAUGAGGCACUGAAAGGGGGCAACACCCUGGAAGCCAUGGAGGACUUUACUGGGGGAGUCACCGAGUUCUUUGAUCUGGAAGAAGCUCCCAAAGAGCUCUACAAGAUCAUGAGGAAGGCUCUGGAGAGAGGCUCGCUGAUGGGCUGCUCCAUAGACGUUUUUUCAGCGAGUGACAUCGAGAGUCGGACUGAAGUGGGACUAGUCAGAGGCCACGCCUAUUCCAUCACAGGCCUGGAGGAGUGUGAACAAGCUACAAAGAACACCAAGAUUCGCCUGAUUCGCAUGCGCAAUCCCUGGGGUUGGGUGCUGUGGAAGGGACCGUGGAGCACAAAUUCUGAGGAAUGGUCCACACUUUGCGUCGCCGACAAGAACAACUUAAAGAAGCAGACGGUAGAAACAAGUGAGUUCUGGAUGUCCUUUGAUGACUUCAAGAAGAACUUCACUAAGCUGGAGAUCUGUAACCUGACCCCCGACACGCUGCAGGGUGACUGGAGGCACAGCUGGACGGUGGCUGUCAACGAGGGCCGCUGGGUCAGAGGCAGCUCCGCCGGCGGCUGCAGGAACUUCCCAGACACAUUCUGGACCAACCCUCAGUACCGGCUGCGUCUGUAUGAGGAGGAUGAUGAUCCAGAGGACGAGCAGGUGGCCUGUACGGUGGUGGUGGCUCUCAUGCAGAAAGGUCGGAGGAAAGAGCGCAGCAAGGGGGCCAAGCUCUUCACCAUCGGGUUCUCCAUCUACGAGGUGCCGAAGGAGAUGCGUGGGUGCAAUCAGCAUCUGCAGAAGGACUUCUUCCUGUAUACGGCUUCCAAGGCCAAGUGCAAAACCUACAUCAACUUGCGUGAGGUGACAGAGCGUUUCCGUCUGCCUCCGGGAGAGUAUGUCAUCAUCCCCUCCACCUUCCACCCGCACGAAGAGGGAGAGUUCAUUCUCCGGGUCUUCUCUGAGAAGAGGAGCACCUCAGAGGACGUGGACGCCGCAAUCGGGUCUGACCAAAUUCAGCAAGACAAGAAAAAGAGAGACAAGCCCAUUGUAUUUGUGUCAGACAGAGCACAUGCCAACAAGGAAAUCGCACAUGACGGCAUUCUGGGCGAAAGGAAAAAGAAGAAACCAAAGGUGCCACAGGAAGAAACUGAAGAGGAAAAACAGUUUAGGGCCAUUUACAAGCAGAUUGCUGGUGAGGAUAUGCAGAUCUGUGCCAAUGAACUGAAGGUGGUCAUGAAGAGGGUCCUUGACAAACAUAAUGAAAUAAAGACGGAGGGUUUCAGCCUCGAGACGUGUCGGAGUAUGAUCGCUUUGAUGGAUACCGAUGGGACUGGAAAGCUGAAUCUGCAAGAGUUCAAACACUUGUGGAGGAAAAUCAAAGAGUGGCAGAUUAUCUUCAAACGCUACGAUCAAGACAAAUCCUGCUCCAUCAGUAGUUUUGAAAUGAGGAAUGCUGUGAAUGAUGCAGGGUUUCAACUUAAUAGCCAGUUAUAUGACAUCAUAGCCAUGCGCUAUGCAGACGAACACCUCAACAUCGACUUUGACAGCUUCAUCUGCUGUUUCGUGAGGCUAGAGGGCAUGUUCAGGGCGUUUAAGGCCUUUGACAAAGAUGGAGACGGCAUAAUCAAGCUGAAUGUCCUGGAGUGGCUCCAGCUGACCAUGUAUUCUUAGGUCAACCGGCAGCAUCAGUGAUCACGUCCUUGAUAACGCUCCUCUCUCUCUGGACAGCAACCGGCUUUCCUCUGCCUGACAACUUCAGUUCAAGUCUCUUACACAGAAAUGUUUUGUUUACUGCAAAAUCCAAGCUCACGCACUCCCAGAAACAUUAGUUAACUUCCCCUGUUGAUAUCCCAACCAAUUUCUAUUACGAGUCAAUUUGCAAGAUUUUUUAAAAAUGUAACUGCCACAAGUUUGUUUUUUUAAAAAGAAGCCCUUAGCUUAUUUUUUUUUCCAAAGUCAUCUUAACUGAUAACCUAUCAACAAGGCCAAUUUCUAGUUACCAGUUUCAUAGUUUUCCAGUGCUGAAGACAACAAACUGAUGCUCAAGUCAGACUAGACUGAUAAUCAUGUUACAUCUGAAAGCAGUCUAAUGCAACUGUGAAACUGAGUGUUUUACAAAUUUGACAUGCUUUGGAGAAAUAAAAACUCAGCACUGUAUUAACUAGAAAAUCUAAAAGAAGAGCUCAAACUAGAACUAAAACCUGAAAGAG